GGAAGGACUGUCGCCGUCGCCGGGGGCGGCCGCGUCCUGCAAGCGCCCGGGGACUCUGGCCGAGGGGCGGGGCGCCCUCCCCGGCGGGAGGAGACUCUUUCGAACCCGGCUCCCGGGAAAUGCCCAGCGGCGGAGUGGAUCCCCUCGGGUAGGAUCGGGAGGCUCGAGUGCGCGCGUCGGACGUCCCGCCGCCUGCGCCGGGGGACGCCGAUGAUGUACACCAUCACCAAGGGGCCGAGCAAGCUGGCCACGCAGAGGAGGACAGGUCCCACGCAGCAGGUGGAGAGCAAACUGGCCGACCUGAAAUGCCGCCGGCGGCAGCAGCAGCAGCAGCAGCAGCAGCAGCAGGAGCUCAGCUCGUGGCCUCCCGCAAGCCCCCUUCCCAAACUGGUGUUCAACAGGGUAAAUGGAAAGAGACCCCCGCUGAUCUCACCCCCCACCACCACAGAGGAAAACUAUACUGUAGCUCACGAAGAAAAUGUCCGGUUUGUGUACGAAGCCUGGCAACAAGUGGAACAGCAGCUGGACAGUCGAGAGCAAGGAGAAGGCGGAUCUGGCCCAGUGCAAUACACAGAGAAAAACCCCAGUCCUGAAUUGAAAGAUUUUGUUCCCAUCGACCUUGAAGACUGGUGGGCCCAACAGUUCCUGGCCAAAAUCAAGAAUGGUUCUUAAUGAAGCGGGGAGUGGCAGCUUUACAAGAGAAGAUUUAAAUUUCACUCUAAGAAAAUGCCCACGCAUCCGAGUGCAGAGAGAACAGAACGAAUAAAGGGGGCGCGGCGGUGCCCGGUUGGGGGGAGGGGGCAGAAGGGGAGAGAUUUUGACUGCUCAGCUGGCUUUGAAAUGCUGAGAUUCCCCGCUGCCCAGAAGAUGCCUGCAGACCAUAUGUUGUUGUGGAGGCGCCACGGCGGCAAGGGAGGGGGAAUGAAGGGGGCAUUCUCCUCCCCCCUUGGCCUGGCACCCAACACUGGGUCAGUUUUGGCCCCAUAGCCUAGACUGUGUUCACAAUAAACACACUGAUCCUGCCAGUGGAACAAUCCA